UCCCCAUUUAGUAGUCACACCAUGAAUAAUCUCAACAAUCUCAUGACCAUUGCUCUCUCUUCUCUCAUCCCUCUCCUUGCUUUCCUCCUCAUCAAUCAUCCCGCUCCUCGCUUCCUCUCCGACCUUGACUUCGCCUUCCUCCGCGAUCACGUCACGUGUCGUCGUCACCACCACCACCAUCAUCAUCACCGUCGUCAUGAAAGCCCGGCCGAUGAAGAAGACCAGGCGGCUUCUAGUUCCAUAUGUGACAUGUUCCCGGCUAGCCUUCUCCCGACAGAAACCAACACCACCUCCGUCUUUUGCGUCGACCGCAACGGGUGCUGCAACUUCACGACCGUUCAGGCGGCGGUCGACGCGGUGCCGAACCUGAGCCUGAAACGAAACUUGAUUUGGAUCAACAGCGGAAUCUACUAUGAGAAAGUGAUGGUUCCCAGAUCAAAACAAAACGUGACGUUUGAAGGACAGGGCUAUACAACGACGGCCAUUGUUUGGAACGACACGGCCAACUCUUCUCAUGGCACCUUUUACAGUGCCUCUGUCCAAGUCUUCUCUUCCAAUUUUAUUGCCAAGAAUAUAAGCUUCAUGAACGUGGCGCCAAUUCCGGGGCCGGGCGAUGUGGGAGCGCAGGCGGUGGCGAUGAGAAUCGGCGGAGACGCGGCGGCGUUUUGGAGCUGCGGAUUCUUCGGAGCCCAAGACACGCUCCACGACGACCGCGGCCGCCAUUACUUCAAGGAUUGCUACAUCCAAGGCUCCAUCGAUUUCAUCUUCGGCAACGGAAGAUCCUUCUACGAGAGUUGCCAGUUGAUUUCGAUGGCGAAUCCGGUGCCGCAAGGGUCGAAGUUUGUGAACGGAGCGGUGACGGCGCACGGCAGAGCCUCCGCCGACGAGAACUCUGGUUUUGCUUUCGUUAACUGCUCCGUCGCCGGGACCGGCAGGGUGUGGCUCGGCCGCGCGUGGCGUCCCUUCUCUCGCGUCGUCUUCGUGAAUACUGUCAUGACCGAUAUUAUUGCACCCGAGGGGUGGAAUGACUUUAAUGACCCUGCCAGAGACCAGACGAUCUUCUAUGGAGAGUACAACUGCAGUGGCGCAGGCGCCAAUACCGGCGCCAGGGCGCCGUUCGUUCAGAGGCUCAACGACACACAAGUUUCUCCUUUUCUCAACUUGUCCUUUAUUGAUGCAGACCAAUGGCUACAUCCCUAUUGAUUUCAUGCCCUAUUCUUUUAUUCGAUUUGUAUAUAUAUUCUUUUUA